AUGGCGCCCAAGAAGUUGCUCAGCGCAACAACAACGACGUUUUCACACACGUUCUGCGCUGAAAACCCAAAUAAACUGGAUGAUGUCUAUUCCGUGGAGAAGAAGCCUCUCGGGGAGGGCUCCUAUGGCCAAGUCUGCAAAGGCGUACAUAAAGACACUGGAGCCGUUCGCGCCAUCAAGGCAAUCAACAGACACAAGAUCUCGGACCCAGCGCGGUUCCAGGUAGAGGUGGAUAUACAAUCCUCUCUGGACCAUCCGAAUAUCGUCAAGCUUUAUGAGGUUUUUCAAGAUGCAAAGCGCUUCUACCUGGUCAUGGAAAUUUGCUCCGGCGGAGAACUUUUUGAGCGAAUUGUCGCCGAAUCAGAGAAGCAUGAUGGUGCUCGCGCUUUUGACGAGCGCGGUGCUGCCACGUACAUGCAGCAGAUAUUAGGUGCCAUGAGUUACCUGCACAAGAACAACUUUGUUCACCGGGACAUCAAGCCAGAAAAUUUUCUGAUGCAGAAUACGGAUGCCAACGCCGAAAUAAAGGUUAUUGACUUUGGCCUUGCGAAGCACUUCGUUCCCGGCACAUCCUCACCGAUGAAGACUCGGGCUGGCACUCCGUACUACGUGGCCCCGCAGGUCCUGAGUGGAGCCUACGACGAGAAAUGUGAUAUUUGGAGUUGUGGCGUGAUUUGCUACAUACUCAUGUGUGGCUAUCCACCCUUCUAUGGUGAAAAAGACAAGGAGAUCCUUGCAAUGGUCAAGAAAGGAGAAGUGAAGUUUGAUCCAGCUGACUGGUCGGACGUGUCCAGCGACGCUAUCGAAUUCAUCAAGCUGAUGCUCACAUAUGACCCGAGACAAAGGCCAAGUGCCUCGACGCUGCUGAUGCACAAGUGGUUGACUGCAUCCGUCAGUGCUCCCGUGGGAGCCGUGGCCAAGGACUUGGGUCACAAGUUGAAGCGCUUCCAGAGCAAUUCGAGGAUGAAGAAAGUCGCCCUGACCCUCAUCGCCCAGCAGCUCAAAGACGAUGAUCUCAAGGAGCUCCGAGACACGUUCAUUCAGCUCGACAAGAACAGGGACGGAACUUUGAGCCUCGAAGAGAUUCAAACUGGCAUGAGGACAGCGAAGGCAGACUUGCCAGAUGACAUUGUGCAGAUAGUAAAGAACCUGGAUACGGAUGGAUCCGGCAACAUCGACUAUACCGAGUUCAUGGCAGCGACAUUAACCAAAAAGCAGUAUUUGAGGCGCGAAGUGAUGUGGGCAGCUUUUCGUGUCUUCGACACCAAUGGUGACGGUGUCAUCACGAAGGAUGAGCUGGCAAAGAUCCUGAAGGAAGAGGACAACAUGUCCUACAUUGAGAAGAUGGUACAAGACGUGGACUUGGAUUCCAAUGGUGAGAUCAGCUUCGACGAGUUCUGUAAGAUGAUGGAGAAGGAUUCUGCGGGAAUUCUGAGUCUAGCAGCACAGUCCGAAGACAGAUAUGCAGUGGUGUUACCCGGUGACCUGGUUUCACUGUUCCAAUCCGGUCUUUCCGCGACCAUCGGUGCAUGGAAAGUCAAUACCACCGGAUGGCACAGGGCAGUGCUGAAUACUCUCAUUCGGCAGAACGAGAGCUUGACCUCACCUGUGGUGCAAACGCUUCCUAUGGGCAUGUUCGUGCAUGUGAUAGCCAAGCAUGGCAGAAGGGUCAGGAUCAAUUACCCAGCAGUGGGAUGGACAUCCAUUCAGUCGGCAACAGGGCAGCCAAUCCUGAUGUGGGAUGAUCCCGAAGCCCGGAACAAGAACGUCUGGGACUUGCCACAGCAUGAGCGCAAUGCUGUGUUGGAGGCACGAGAGGUUCUCCGGCUCAACGCAUACAAAGAGAAGCAAGCGACGCAUGAUGCCAUGAUGAGGAAAGGAAUCACGUCAUUGGUGAACAGGUAUAAGAGUGGAGAGCUUCAAAAGUCUUUGGAGCAUGCUUUCAGUGCUGACAAUAUCCGGACAAUACAAGGCAGUAUCGAGGAGAGCAUUGAAAAUGUCGGCAACGCUACGGAGAAGGUGCUUCAUUCCCUGGCCGAGAACAAAACGAGCAAUGCCAAACUUGCAGAAGAAGUUCGGCAAGAUACAGACUUGAUCCGGAAGCAGCAGCGUGAAUGGAGACAGGCAGGGCCUUCCCUUCAUGACAAUCAUGUUUUCGAAUUUCUGUUUAUAAAUAUCAUGACAGAUGCGUUUGCUGACGCGACAAGCGGUACCGCAACUGUGGCACUGACAUGA